AUGUCUCUCCUCCACAGUGGUGCCACUAAGCAAUGUCUCUCCUCCACAGUGGUGCCACUAACCAAUGUCUCCUCCACAGUGGUGCCACUAACCACCGUCUCCUCCACAGUGGUGCCACUAACCACCGUCUCCUCCACAGUGGUGCCGUCCAGGAUAGUGGUGCUGGACGCCAACAGCCGCCCCAUCCAUGGAGGUGUAGUGAGGUCUCUGACGGAGGGGGACGCCCUCACCCUCUACUGUAUCGCUUCCGGAGGUCGGCCGCCGGCUCAGGUGACCUGGUGGAAGGGGGCGAGUCUGCUGACCAACACCAGUGUAUCGGUGGGAGAGGACGGCACCCUCCUGGCCUCCCAGGAGGAAGGGGACGACGUGGUGCACACUGUGGGCGUGGGCGUGGGCGUUCGCUACGUCAGGACCGCCCUCAUCAUCCCCGCCCUCACCACAGACUACGCCCACGCCAACAUCACUUGCCGCGCCUCUAACAACAACAUCACCGAGCCCUUGUCUACCACACUCUACCUGGAGCUCUACAGGUAUAUAAUGGAAGGAAGACUUUACUCCUUACUGAUAGAACUGCACAGUCCUGCUACCAGUCAUGCACCACCUUGUGGAAUGUCUCUUAUGAAAGAUGACCGAGAAUCUGGCAUCUGUGAGCGCUUUUAUUGGCAUCCUGAAAAUCUUGGACUUUCUUUAACGUUGCAGGCGAUGAGGCACAAUAACGUGACUGAAGAUAUGAUGACCAAACCACACAUCAAAAAAUCAAGAAAAGUGGACGUUUUGUCACUGCGGCUGGGAGAGGUGACGUCGUCAUGGUUGACGCUGGUGCCGGAAGCUGAGGACCACGGAGCCACCCUCACCUGCCGGGCCCACAACCCCAACAUCCCGGGUCAUGCCGUGACCACCUCUACAGCUCUCCAGAUCACCUUUGCCCCGAGGGUGACCCUGAGGCUCGGGUACAACCUCCAGACGCGGCCGGUCACCGAGGGAGAGGACGUCUACUUCGAGUGUGAGGUGGCCAGCAACCCUCCGCCCUUCUCCAUCACUUGGUACAGGAAUACCAGCUGCACCUUCAUAUAUAGACCAGCUGCACCUUCAUAUAUAGACCAGCUGCACUUCCAUAUAGACCAGCUGCACCUCCAUAUAGACCAGCUGCACCUCCAUAUAGACCAGCUGCACCUUCAUAUAGACCAGCUGCACCUCCAUAUAGACCAGCUGCACCUCCAUAUAGACCAGCUGCACCUCCAUAUAGACCAGCUGCACCUCCAUAUAGACCAGCUGCACCUUCAUAUAGACCAGCUGAACCUCUAUACAAGUCACGAUGGUAAACUCAUGAUCAAUUUCUUCUGCAACCCUUGCAGAGUGUCUCCUUGUGGAUUAGUGGGGCUCACGUACGACUCCCUGAGUCUGGUGAGGGUUACCUUGGCCCUCUCUCCGGGUGUUGUACGUGCUAAGGUACACUCUCUUAGGGAUCUUAUUCGGUUCAACGGACCUCCUGCUGGAGCGGCCGCAUUUGGUGGAUGGGAGGGUGUCCAGGCUGGGAUAAAACAGUUUAAGAGACUGGCUCGUGGGGAUUGGACGAUCAUGUCCACCGUGUCGGCGGGUGAUGGAAGAUUGGGCUUCGUAGCUCCGGCUCCAAAGGGAUCAGACCACGCUCCUUUGUUGAUUCACCUGAAUGACCCUCUCUGCUCCUCUUCAACUUCCGUGGGAGGGUACAGCCCCAAGCCACUGGUGGUGACCACCUCGUUGUCUGGAGUGGCUCCAUCUCUUGGUGUGACAACGACGCUUUUUAACCCCCUCAUACUGGCGGAGCUCAGCGCCACACCUACCACACUCGAAUGUGCACUGUUCGUUCCAACUCGUCUACGUUCCAAGAUUUGUUUGGUUCUGCCAAGUGGACUAAACCUGCCGGUGUGCGUGGACGGGCCGCAGACGGUGACGGUGGUGGAGGGGGACGACGUCCGCCUGGCGUGUCGCGUAGACGCCAAGCCCGAGGACGACCUCCGCUUCACCUGGUACUUUAACAACACACUCGACACCGUGGAGGUGGAGAGGCACCGCAUCCAGGUCCAGCCAGGACUUAGCUACCUCGACUACACCCCUAGGUCGUCCCGGGACUACGGUGUGCUCUCCUGCUGGGCCACCAACACCGUCGGCACCCAGGCUGACCCCUGCCAGUUCACCGUACUGGAGGCAGGACCGCCGGAGCGGGUGGAGGCGUGCCAGCUGGUAAAUCACACAGGAGGAACGCUGGAGGUGCGGUGCUCGCCAGGGAGUGACGGAGGCCUACCACAGUGGUUCGUCGGCAGGGUGUUCGACGCCAACACCCACAAGCUGUUGGUCACCCUGGAGGAGGCGGUGCCCAGGUUCCAGGUGGGGGGGUUGACCCCAGGCCUGGACUACCUCAUCACUAUCACAGCCGUAAAUGAGAAGGGCGCCAGCGAGCCACAGGAGAUUGAUGCCAUACGACUCAAGGUGGCCGAGAAGAGGAUGGGGGAGGUGUCGUCAGCGUCUGUGUCCCCGCUGAUGGGGGCCUUCCUGGGGCUGGUGGGCGGCUUCCUUGGUCUUCUCCUGCUGGGGGUCUCGCUGACUCUCCUCCGGUCAUACAGAUGCAGGUGUGUGCAGCCAGGGGUAGGCGGGCGAGACAUGGGCGUGUUGGGAGGCUUGGAGCUGCAGUCUCCGACCACCAAGACAGACGCCCUCACGCCCGGACUACACUCACAGGGACACGCCCAAGCCGGCCCUGAUGUCCUCAUAUCUGCCUCCUCAGAGCGAGUGCUGGCGUCCAGCACCACGCCUCGGGCCAGGGGCGUGAGCAGUUACUGCGGCGAGGCUGACGAAGGCGCCGAAGACCCCCAGGCCAGAGCCCUCUCAGGCCUCUGGCCCACCCUCAUGUCCUCCUCCGUCUGA